CUCAGCUGAGGCAGGACCUUACUGGUAAAAAGGGAAUUUGAAUUCCGGUCUCAGUCGUCACUGAACGGGCGUAGUAGCACUCACUCCUUUGUUCUGUUAUUCCUCGGCCCGACGGUUAUUUUUCAUGCGUUUUGGACCGAUGUCAACGCGACAGUUUCAGAAUAUGGAGGAAUUGUCUGAGGGAGCUCAGAUGGAGGUCCAUGGGGCAUAUCUGGAAAGGAGAAGGCAUGACAGCGAGAAGUCCUCAUGCAGCGUGCCGGAGUACAAUGACCUGGAGGCGGCCGAAGCCCUUGUUUGCAUGAGCUCUUGGUGUCAGGUGUCCCCAAGACCCAGCGCCUUCAAACCUCGUCCUCUCACCCCAGCAUCUGAUUCCUGUGACUCCCUAAUGCAACCUGAACUUCCAGAGACCCCCAGGGACUUUGUAUCACUCUCUUCAUUGUGCAUGACCCCACCUCACAGCCCCAACUUUGCUGAAACCUCCACUUCCCUGCCAGUGCCAAACUCUCCAAGGACCCGACAGUGCCCCAGUGUUUUCAGCUCCAGACUCCAGCGACCUGCAGUGGCCUCCUUCAUUGAGACGGCCCUUCAGAUUCCCGCUGUUGACAAGCCGUCCUCCCCACCCUGCAGAGCCAUGGCAACCAGCGUCAUCCGCCACACAGCUGACAGCUCCCUCUACCAGAACAUUCCACAAACUGUUCACCAUCAGAAUCUAGCCCCUACACAGACGCAGCAACCACAACAGACACCACACUCAGAUGUUCCAUCACCAGCCACUUCACCCUGCCACCCCCAGACAGACAGCACUGCAUCAGUCACGUGUCCCAGCAGCAGCGCCCACUCCUCCAAUGAGAAAGCCCCUUCCAAGUCAUCUCCCUCUUCACCAUCUCCCACCUCAAGCCCGCCCAUCAUUUGCCAGAUGUUUCCAGUGGCUCAGUCAGGAGUCAUCUCAGCAGCCUUCAUCCAGAGUCCGGCUCCAAGGUCCAGUUCCGGGGUUAAGUCCAUCCUGCCACAGCCGCUUUUCAUGGGCUCUCCAGUGGCCCAGGGCACAGUGAUGCUGGUGAUGCCACAGCCUUCAGUGUCUCAGACAUCACAAUGUCCCCACCAGACAGUUGUUACUCUGGGAAACACCAAACUGCUGCCUCUUGCCCCUGCACCUGUCUAUGUGCCAUCAGGGCAAAGCAGUGCCACGCAAAUGGACUUCUCCCGCAGACGCAACUAUGUAUGCAGCUUCCCUGGCUGCAGGAAGACCUAUUUCAAAAGCUCUCAUCUCAAGGCACAUCUCAGAACACACACAGGUGAGAAGCCCUUCAGCUGUAACUGGGAGGGCUGUGAGAAAAAAUUUGCACGCUCUGAUGAGCUCUCCCGCCACCGGAGAACACACACUGGUGAGAAAAAGUUUGUCUGUCCUGUUUGUGACAGAAGGUUCAUGCGCAGUGACCACCUUACUAAGCAUGCUCGUCGACACAUGACCACCAAGAAGGUCCCCUCCUGGCAGACAGAGGUACGGAACCUCAACAAGAUAACUACAGCCAAGGCUCUGCCCGCAGGCUCAGCUUUGCCAAUCAGCAUGCUGUUACCAGCCUCAAACUGAACUGGAUUGGAGCUGAGCUCAAUUUAUACUGGGACUCUAUUGGAGAACAAGGCUGCUAAUUUUCUCAUGGACAAACGUGAACAUGCACUGGACUCUUCCUUCUGUUCUCAUCCCUUCUACUGCUCAUUUUUGUAUACUCUGCAAUAAAUGCAAUGUUUUGUUUACUCACUUGUUACAAUGAUCCAUGCACUCUUAUUUUUGCCAAAGUCUUUGUACCAUGUACGUCUUAAAAUUUCAUCUGUGUUCUGUACAUAUUUCCAUGUAUAUUCUUUCAGACAUAAAUAUUCUAUACUUUACUGCCUAAAUACAGGAAAUUGUGAUUAAAAUGAACAUAUGAAUAAUUAUAUACACUGUGAUAAUCA